CCACCUAAGCCCCCCUCCUCCGCCUCCUUGCCCCGCGCGCGGUGCCGGGACCCCCUCCACAUCCCGCCGACCCCUUUUAUCAUCCGCCAGCCUUGGCCUCCAUUUGGGGGUCCUGGGGACCGAGAUCGGGCAGACGUGCACCCCCGCCCAGUGCUGGGGCUCCGGGGGCCCGGCGAGAGGGGGCUGUGGGAGCUGGUUCCGGGUCGAGUCCUGCAGAUCCUUGGGGGAGGGGCGGAGCUGGCUCAGUGGAUCCCCCGGGAUCUCUGCCCUCCCGGCAGGGGGGCCCUCUCUGGAGUGAGGGACUGGCCCCGCGGCCGGCCAGCCGGGGUGCCCGGGAGGAAUCAGGGACCCAGCACCGACUGUGGCCCCGCCUCCCUGUUCCGUGCCAGCGGGACCUGGAGCUAAGGACACCGAGGUCCUGGGUUCUCUGCCGGGAGGGCUGGGUUUUCCCCUCAGACGGCAGGAACCCGGGCUCUAGGGGUCGAGUUUCACUUUCUGAAUGCGGGGGUGCAUCUGGCCUUGAGGGGACUCUGAUGGAGGCACAAAGGAGAGCUGCUCCCCUUUGGAUCAGUCAAGAAAUUGAGGUCACACUAAUGGCCCCUCUUUCUAUCAGCUGCAUUCGGAGGUGCUGUAGAGACAGCCCGGUGGCGGAAACUGCCAAGACUAGGAACAUUUCCCCUCGGCCCAGCCCCGUGGGAACCGCACCCCUCCCGAGUGCAGACGCGGACGGGGUGACCGGCCUCCGGGUCCCAGUCAGCUGAGUGUGGAAUAGAGGGGUCCGCAGCCGGCAUCUUCCAUGGGCUUCCCAGGUCACACAGCCUACAAGUAGGGACAGGGACAGAGCGCGCCUGCAUGCCGAUUCUAAGCUCCUCAGGAUCCAAAAUGGCAGCCUGCGGAGGCACCUGCAAGAACAAGGUGACCGUGUCCAAGCCCGUGUGGGACUUCCUGAGCAAGGAGACGCCCGCGCGGCUGGCGCGGCUUCGGGAGGAGCACCGCGUGUCCAUCCUCAUCGACGGCGAGACUUCCGACAUCUACGUUCUGCAGCUCUCCCCCCAGGGCCCUCCCCCGGCCGCCCCCAAUGGGCUCUACCUGGCCCGCAAGGCCCUCAAGGGGCUGCUGAAAGAGGUGGAGAAAGAGCUGAAGAAAGCUCAGAGGCAGGGGGAGCUCAUGGGCUGCCUGGCUCUGGGGGGUGGCGGGGAGCACCCUGAGCUGCACCGCCCGGGCCCACCCCCUCUCCGAGCAGCACCUCUCCUGCCCCCCGGGGCCCGGGGGCUGCCCCCGCCGCCCCCCCCGCUGCCCCCCCCUCUGCCUCCCCGGCUGCGGGAGGAGGCGGAAGAGCAGGAGAACACCUGCCCGAUCUGCCUGGGCGAGAUCCAGAACGCCAAGACCCUGGAGAAGUGCCGGCACUCCUUCUGCGAGGGCUGCAUCACCCGCGCGCUGCAGGUGAAGAAGGCCUGCCCCAUGUGCGGCCGCUUCUACGGGCAGCUGGUGGGCAACCAGCCCCAGAACGGGCGGAUGCUGGUCUCCAAGGACGCCACGCUGCUCCUGCCCAGCUAUGAGAAGUACGGCACCAUUGUCAUCCAGUACGUCUUCCCGCCCGGUGUCCAGGGGGCCGAACACCCAAACCCCGGAGUUCGGUAUCCGGGCACCACCCGGGUGGCCUACCUCCCGGACUGCCCGGAGGGCAACAAGGUGCUGACCCUGUUCCGCAAGGCGUUCGACCAGCGUCUCACCUUCACCAUCGGCACGUCCAUGACCACAGGGAGACCCAACGUCAUCACCUGGAACGACAUCCACCACAAGACCAGCUGCACAGGGGGCCCCCAGCUGUUCGGGUACCCGGACCCCACCUACCUGACCCGGGUGCAGGAGGAGCUCAGAGCCAAGGGCAUCACCGACGACUGAGGGACAUCCCCUGGCCAGGCCCCCGCAGCUCGCCACUAGGACCCGACAGAAGCCUCUGUCCUCUCCUCUCCCUCUGCCCCCGCAGGGCACCGUCUGACUGGAGUUCAGAGGGGAGGGACAGUCCCGUCCCCUGUGCCCCACUGGCCAAGUGCUUCAGUGCAGUGUGAGCCGCUCCCUUCUGGCGAGCUGACCUCCCGGCUCUGCCCCCGCCCUGUACAUACCCCGGCCCUGCCCCUCCGCUGCCCCGGGCUUGUUCUGGUGUGUGCUGUGCUCCGGUGACGAGGCUGAGAAAGGACCCGGGUCCGGAGGGGGGUCUCUUGAGCUCCCCACCCCGCGCGCUCCACCGCUGAACUUCGGGUGCAGGGGAGGGGGGCGGUCUGCGCGCCCCCUGCCCCGCGGGGCGGCUGCGUGUUCUCCUGAAGCCACCCCCUUCCACCUUGACCUUGUCCUUUCUCCCCCGUGUCUGUCUGUCAGUCUGUCUCCCGCUCUCCCCUGCCCCCUAUAAAGGAGCCUCCGUACCCCGUUCUGGACUCGCUGCCAGACUGUAGCUUUUAAUUUAAUAAAAAUAAAGUAAAAUAUGCAACUCUCUCUGCCACA